AGCAGCAUUGGGAACAAACUUUUCUCUCUUGGAUGCCUUCUUUUGGACAUUUUCAUCAAAGAUCAGCAUUAACAGAGCAGAGGCACGGCAUGAUCACUGGUUUGUUUCACUGGUUAAGGAGUAAUUUCUUACUUUGCUCUGUUAUUCUUUGCAUUUUUAUCUGAUUAUUGCUUCACUGUCUGAGCUUUAGAGAAGGCGUGACCACAUCUGAAACCCUUCCAAACUCAGCUGCAGCUCUCUCCAGCUCAUGGGAGUGUGAAGCUGGACUGAAACACACACACACACACACACACACAGUCAUUGUACACACACCUGUUGUUGCUGAGGAUUCCCCGGGAUCGCAGUCAUGGGCAUCUGCGUCACUGCUGCUUGAGGGGAUCUGUGCGUCUGUGCAGCUGUUAUCUGGUGGCGGCCUCGGCGAAUGUUGCAGUAGAAGCUGACCUGGCAGUCCAGGGUAGAGGGGGGAGAUGUCAUCCUACUACCCGCGCACCAAGGACCUGACUCGCACCAGGAAGUCACUGACAGAUUCACCACCGUCCUCGCCGUCCCCUACAGACAAAAACUACAGACAUGACAGGUUGUCAAGAUAUGACUCGAGUGGGGAAAGUGCGACAGACAAACCACUGGGCCGCACCAGCUCGUACACUCGGAGGGAGACGAGGCUGGCUGCUCUGAACCGACAGGAGCAAGACUCCGGCACCAAAGACUACAAGAAGAUGUAUGCAGAAGCUUUGCAUGAGAAUGAGAGGCUCAAGUCCAGGUUGCAGGACAGCAAACAAGAACUGGUGAAGAUACGCUCGCAGCUGGAGAAAGUCACUCAGAGACACGACAGAAUAUCAGAGAGAUCUACAGCGCUUGACUCGGAGAAAAGGGAAAAACAAGCUCUUGAGAAAAGAGUGUCAAACAUGGAGGAGGAGUUAAAGCAGGACGCCCCACUGCGGUUCCGCUGUGGGUACCAGCCCUGAGAGCAGGAUGUCUCAGGGGAGGGGGGAUGAUCUUAACAGAGCUCAAGUCAGACAACCAGAGGCUAAAGGAUGAGAACGGGGCUCUCAUCCGAGUCAUCAGCAAACUGUCCAAAUGAAAAGUGGUCUGAAGCUCAUGUUCUGUGUCUGUGGACGCUCCUGCCCCGAUAUAGCAGAUUCAUUGUCCGUGAUGUCCCAAGCUGUGGCUCCUCUCUGAGUUAUGGUGAAGGGCGGUUUUGCAGAAAUAAAUUCCUGCAUGGAACUUGAGAAGAUCCAAAGAGAAGUUUUAAAAACUUUUAAGACAAAUUUCACAACAGUUGUUCCUACUUGAUUAGUUAUGACUAUUUUGUAAAAUACAGUAUUUCACAAUAAGCAAAUAGGGACCAGUUGUGCUGUUUGAAUAACCUUUAUAGGCCCAGUCCAGACAAAUCCAGGGGUUUGCAUGAAGGUACUGCUUCUAAUAUAAUACCCACACCUCACACUGAGACAUCACGCUUGUUGCUACGUACAUCCUGCACCGCAGAAAAGUAUUUUAAUGUCGUCUUAAUUAUGAAGGAAGAGAGAAGCCAAUUAUUCAUCAUCACUGAAUGAGGUCAUUGUCAUUUAAUUCUGUCUUUUUUCCCCAAAACCAAACUGGGGGACACAUGUGAACACUUUUUUUAUAUAUCUAUAUAAUUUUCAGAAAGUUCCAGAUGCAAAAACUAGAUUUUAAUAUGACUCCAUGUGAGAUUGACACAAAGCUGCAGGAUGCAGCUCCUAUAAUGGCAACCAGAUGUUUGCUCCAGCUUCUCUCAAACAUUUUUCUACAAAAACAAAUCUGAUAAUGACAUUAAGGCUUUAUAAGAUGCAUGUUUUGGGUUCUUUGCCCUGACAGCGUCCUCGGGUUUGUCACUCUGCUCGCCCCCCUGAGCAACUCUUUAGAAGCCUAUCAGUGACAGCAUCGGGCCUCUGGGAUAUAUUCACAUAUCCUGCAUUACAACAGUAAACUUGUUAACCAUUUCCAACUGGUUACAUGAAUUUUUUUUGUGACAUUUCAGUCAAAUCUAUCAUUUUGAAUUUUUUUUUGCUAACCUCACAUAUGAUAAUGUGCCCACUGUAUUUAGUCUUUGGAGAGGACUGUAUGUUAGCCCUGGAAGGCAGAGCACCAGGUAUAUGCACUUUGUACAGAGUGGACAGUGCCAUCUUUGAUCACUUGGGCAUCACUAGCAGCAAGUAACAUAAUUUAGUGUUUGCCAGAAUCUGUUCAUCAGUUCCUCGUGUGGUUGCUGUUGCCAUUCUUCCUUUUUGGUUUUGCUUGUUUGUCAUAAGAGGAUUUUUUUUUUCAUCCAAUGGCUGAGCUUCAAAACAGCAGAACGGCUGCACAGUGGAGACAGUCUGAGUGUGUGUGAACGAAAGUGUCCAACCUUUUGUUUUGUAAUAGAGAUAUAUUUAUUUAUUUAUGCGUUUCUUAGUUUGAAUCUUUAUACUUUGUUUACUCCAUUUUCUUUCAGAGGAAUGCACAGAUCAUUUCGGUUGACCUCUGGGCCGUCUUUCUGUCAGGUGAUGAAAAUACAAAAUGCCAAAAUCAUCCAGUGGUGGACGCGCCGGAAAAUCACUGCUGACAUUUUAGUCUCCACAGUGUUCAAUUUUAAACAUCAAGCACAAUCUAAAGUUUUGAGAGUGGUUGCCAGCAGUUUUUUAUACAUAAAUGAUUACAUAAAGGGGCAGUGUGUAUGAUUUAGGGGGAACUUUUGGAAGAAAUGGAAUAUAACAUUCAUAAAUAUGUUUUUAUUAGUAUUUAAUCACUGGAAAAUAAGACUCAUCUUCCUGUUAUCCUACAUUGAGCUGUUUGUAUCUACAGAGGGAGUGGAUCCUUUUCCCCGGAGUCCAAUCUGCAACCUCACCACAAGAUGGCACUAAAUCCUACACAUUGGUCCCUUUAAGUACUCUGAGUUGCCAGUUUAUUAGGUACACAUCUAAUGCAAUCCAUUACUAUGCAAUAAAUCCCAAUUUUGUGCAGCUUAUCAGCUUUUGUUCUGGUCAUUUUGGAGGCCAUAUUUACUGCUGCUACUGCAUUGUGUUGCACCACCUUGAAAUUGUUCAUCAAUAUUUGGGGUCCACACAUUGUUUGAAAAAUUACAAAUGAUCACUUUUUUGUCUACUUAGCCUGAGAAAUCUAAAGCCAUGAAAGAGGCUGCUGCCUUGUGGCGGUUUUCCACCAAGCUCAUGGCGUGCCAUCACCUUCACACCUUAUUUAAAACAAUGUGUUAUCAUGUUUCAUGCCUGAAACUGCCAGACUCAGCCUCACGUUUGCAUUAAAAUACCUUCGGCUGUAGAGUUGCUACGAGUGAUGGAUGGCGUGCCAGAGACGUGAAUGAUUUUGGCGUCUGUCUUCUCUUCACCAAGCGGGCGAACUGACCCUACGUCGCCAGUGUUUGAUGUAUUCGUUAUUGAGUCCAACUCGGGCAGCAUGCUGUAACACCAGUGUUAUCUUUGGUCACAUCCAGUAAACUGAUUUAUUCCAAACUACAAGUCAGAUCCAGUAUAUGUCAGCACAAGCUGUGGAUGUACUGACUAUGCAGUAUAUUGUAUUGAAACGUUUGAAAUGUGUUGAUGAUAGCUUGGUAAUGCACACGUCGGUUUACUCACUCUGCUUAAUAAACUGU